AUGCUGCGCUGCGCUGUCCUUGCUGCAACUACGGUACGCCGCUCGGGGGCGGCAGCAGCGCGGAAUCCUCCGACGCGCGCGACAGCGCCUAAGGAUCCCACCAGCGACGCAGAGGCGGGCUGCAGCGCUCCAAAUACUCACGUUGAUACAUCUCUUCAGCACGCCAAAGAAGAAACCCACGCUUCUUUUGUGCGUGUGGAGAAGGCACCGGCGACACAGGACCAGCUGCAAAAGUUUCUGUUUCAGGGUCGCCGUGGUAGCAGCUCUUCUGAGUACUAUGUGAGUCGUAGUAUCCCAGGGCACCCGGACACGGUCGCCGAACUGCUCGGUGCCGGCCGCGCCGAUCCGGAGUGGAUGUGGCUGAAGCUGCUCUGCUUUCUGUGUGUCUCGUCCACGUUCGGGACAACCUUGUACGGCUACUGCUUUGGCGAACAUAUGAAGUACUUCAAGGAUGAGCCGUGGUCGCCCUUUCGGCACUGA